AUGUCAUUCAAAGCUGCAAUUAGUCGUUUAAAUCGGCUGCCCCUAAUUCAAAAGGAAUACAAUUUUUUAACUAGCGUCAACCACAAUGCCGAGCGACAAUUGAAUGAGAGCUCUAAAAGCGCUGUUCACUAUCCUCUUAAAAAUUUGUUGUGCGCCAUUAAAGAUAACAUUGCCACAUCAGACUUACCAACAACCUGUGCCUCCAAGGUUUUAGAGAACUACACAUCACCAUUUAAUGCUACCAUCGUCGAUCUGCUGAAGACAGCAGGAGCAGUAAGCAUAGGCAAAACGAAUCUUGACGAGUUUGGUAUGGGCUCUGGAGGUACUAAUUCGCAUUUUGGGGCGACCCGAAAUCCACUGUUUCCACAGCAAGAUUUUAUUGUAGGAGGUUCGUCAUCAGGAUCUGCCGCUGCAGUGGCGGCAGAUGUCGUUGAUUUUUCAAUCGGAACUGACACUGGGGGAUCUGUGAGGCUUCCUGCAGCCUUUACAUCUAUAUAUGGCUUUAAGCCAUCAUACGGCAGGAUAUCAAGAUACGGAGUAGUUGCGUACGCGCAAAGUCUCGAUACCGUUGGCAUUAUGUCCAAAAGCCUCGAUACCAUAGAAAAAGUAUUCGAGGUGCUAAAUAAAAGCGACCAAAAAGAUCCUACAUGUCUAGAUGACGGAAUCCGCUCAAGGUUACACACGUCAAGUAAACUCAAAGGUAAACUCAGGGUAGGAUUACCUUUGGAAUUUACCCCCAAUGGGAUACCAAAGGAAUUACAAGUCAAAUUAUUAAAAGUCUUGGAAAACAUUCAAGAGCGAGGGCAUGAAAUAUUUCCUGUUUCAAUUCCAGAUAUCAAGAAUUCACUUCCAAUUUAUUAUACCUUAGCUACUGCUGAAGCUGCCUCCAACUUAUCCCGAUACGAUGGCGUAAGGUAUGGAAUGAGGGAAUUAGGGAGUGACAUUAUUGAGGAUAUACUGUACGCACCCACUCGAGCACAUUUGGGGCAAGAGGUGAAGAAUAGGAUCGUUUUGGGCAAUCACAAUUUAUCGUCCGAAUCCUUCAAUAACCACUAUAUCAAAGCUCAAAAAUUGAGAGUCAAGCUCAUAGACGAGUUUGACCAUAUUUUCAAAUGCUCUAAUGUGCUAACUGGUUCAGAGGGAAACGAACAGGGGGUCGACGUUCUUUUGUGCCUGUCCUCUAUCGGUAAACCUAUCCCCAUCACGAAAUAUAAUAAUGCCACUUCUAAAGACCCAAUAAACUGCUAUAUCAAUGAUAUUUUUACCACUCCAAUAUCGCUUGCUGGUUUACCGGCUAUAUCUAUACCUACAGGCCCAUCUGAAACCGUUGGUGUGCAGUUAGUUGGACAAUUCGGAGAUGACUUCACUGUAUUAAGGGCGGCGAGAGAGAUCUCUAAAAACAUAAUUACUACUUAA